AUGUUCCUCCCAAUACACAACCUCAUACUCGCGCUGGCAACCCCCCUAGCAAACCAAGGCGUAGCAGUAAACCACUUCAACCUCGGCUCUCGCGCCGUCCAACCCAUAGCAAACGCCACUCCCCUCCGCAUCAUGCCUUUAGGGGCAUCAAUAACCUACGGCCAAGCCUCCACAGACGGCAACGGCUACCGAAACGAACUCCGCAACCAGCUCGUCGCCGCCGGCAACACCUUGGUAAACUUCGUCGGCUCCCGAAAAGCGGGCAUAAUGCGCGACAACGAUGUGGAAGGCUGGCCAGGCGCCCGCAUCGACGAAGUCCACUCCAGAGCCGUCGCCGCGGUGUCGGUGCCGAAAUACAAACCCAACGUUCUUCUUGUGAAUGCGGGGACGAAUGAUGCGUUGCAGAAUAAGGAUGUGCGUACUGCCGCGCUGAGGAUGGAGGCGAUGUUGAAUGAUUGUUGGACCUUGUCACCCCGGGCAGUGGUGAUCCUUUCAACACUGCUGCUCAAUAAGGAUCCGGUCGUGGAGAGGAGGGUGUUGGAUAUAAAUGACCAGUUUCGGAGGUUGGUUAAGAGCCUGAGGGAUGCGGGAAGGAGAAUUGUGCUGGUGGACAUGCACAGCGAUCAGGGGCCGAUGGAGGGGGUGGAUUUUGCUGAUCAGACGCACCCUAAUGAUAGGGGAUAUAAGAAGAUGGCGAAUAUAUGGUUUGCCGGGCUGGUGGCGGCGGGGGAUGAAGGGUGGAUUCAGACGCCUGAGGCUGUGGCGGGGCUGCCGGAUGAUGGGCUGAGAUCUUAG